AUGUUAAAGUCAACUUUUCCGAGUACCCUACCCUACACGGGAACGCUAAGCAUACUUGGGCUUCCCCUAACAAACACCCAAACAAUCAAUUCUCACAUCACCAUCACCACCAUCACCACCAUCACCACCAUCACCACCAUCACCACCAUCACCACCAUCACCACCAUCACCACCAUCACCACCAUCACCACCAUCACCAUGGCGUCCAAUUACCCAAUUCUUCCAGAGAAGCUCCUCCUCAUCUCUCUAAAGAUGUACUUCACCCCAGAGCGCACCCUCACCUACCUCCGCGAUCUCCUCAACCCAUCCAACGAAAUCGUCCAUCCAGCAAACAGCGACAAACUCCUCCUAGCUCUAAUCCCCGAUUUCCUAACCAUCUGGCCCUGCGCCCAAAUCCUGAAAGAGUACGAAGCCAACCUCGGACCUUCCCAAUCCACACCCCCCUUCCUCCUAGGCGCCCAAGACUGUUUCUGGGAACCCCAAGGCGCAUACACAGGCGAAGUCUCCCCCGCCUCAAUCCGCGCCCUGGGCUGCACAAUCGUCGAACUAGGCCAUGCCGAACGCCGGUCUAUCUUCAACGAAUCAGAUGACCAAACCGCUCGCAAGGCCGCCGCAACCUGCGCCCAGCAUAUGGUCCCGCUCGUUUGCGUCGGCGAGGUAACAGCCCCAGGCCCCGUCGCCUCCCAAGCAGUCGGCCAGGCUGUGGACGAGUGCGCGGUGCUGGUGCGCGCUGUGUUGGCUGCUAUCCCGGAUGACGCGCCUGUUAUCUUUGCCUACGAGCCUGUCUGGGCUAUUGGCCAGCCGAAGCCGGCGGGUGUUGAUCACGUUGCUGCUGUUGUGCAGGGCAUCCGGGCUGUUAUUGGGGAGCGGCCGGGUACCGCUCGUGUGCUGUAUGGGGGCAGUGCGGGGCCUGGACUUUGGGGGGCGGGGGGUCUUGGUAAAGCUGUGGAUGGAAUGUUUUUGGGCAGGUUCGCGCAUGAAAUUAAGGGCGUGCGUGAGGUUGUUCGUGAAGUGGAGGAGACACUGACUGUCGCAUGA